GAGAAAAUAAUGAAAGCUCUGGGGACAAACCUCCAACAGACCCGAAACCUAAGUUUGCAGAUUCUGGCUAAGGACAUCACCGACACCAAGCAGCACAGGAGACAAACAUCACAGGUGGAUGAUCAAUAUUUCCCAAUAACUGAGACUCCAGGCAAGACUUCCUAUUCACAUUUUAAAAGUUGCCUUGUGAAGAAGCUGGCAUCUUCUCCAGUUGCUAGCAGCCCAAUCUCCGCAAGGUGGCAGCAGUCACGCAGCAGAAACCAAGUGGAGCAAAGUUUUGCAGAGAGUCCGGCUACCUCAGAUGAUGGGCCUGAUCUGACGAAAAUCAUGACAGUUCCAAGUCAGUGUACGGAGAUGGGUGAUUCCCUCAAAGUAAAAGGGUUAUUCUAGUCAUUACUCCAUAACUCCAGAUUAAUAAAUGCAAAAAACUUGAAAAUGAUAUACAGGUGGUAUUUUAACACUUAAUAAACUAGCCAAGAUGUACAAGACUAUAUCAAGUAAAUGCUGGAAAUGCAAA